GGUCUGGCUGGGGUUCUCGCUCAGAGGUGCUGGCAGUAGGAUGGGGAAAUUCCUGUGAAACUGUUCGAUCGCUUCUUCCAAGGGGCCUCCUUAACAGCUGUCCUGCCGGCGUCGCCAGCUGCCCCGCCAGUUCCUGUCCCUUUCCGAGCGCGCGCUCGCCCCGCCUGACGCUCCUGGAGUCCGUCCUUCUGCUGGGCCCCGGGCCCACCACAGGCGGAAUGGAGUUCUUGGAACUGAUCCGCACCGGCCGGGCCCAAGUCAAGCUGCUGCGAGGUCCGGAGGCGCCCUCACUGCGUGGCACGCUAUGCGUCACCGGCCACCACCUGCUGCUGUCGCCAGGGCCUCAGGGGACUUCAGACCUGUGGCUUCUGCUGUUGCGUAGUGUAGACUCCAUCGAGAAGCGGGUCUCCGGUGACUCCGGCACCAUCACGCUGCGCUGUAAGGACCUGCGAGUGUUGCAGCUGGACAUAGAGGGCGUGGAAGCCACGCUGGACAUCGCCCGUUCCAUCGAGGCGCUGUCGUCCUUGGAAUCGGUCAUCACUUCCUUUCCGUUCUUCUACCGUCCCAGGGGCUUGAGAUUGGGCGACGCCUGGCACUUCCACCCACCCGAACGCUACUACAAGCGAGUAGCUCGCGAGACCAACGCCUGGAGGCUGAGCGAGGUGAACGAGGACUUCAGCUUGUGCCCCAGUUACCCCCGCGCCGUGAUCGUGCCUCGCGCUGUGGACGAUGAUGCCCUGGCGCGCUGUGCCCGCUUCCGCCAGGGAGGCCGCUUCCCUGUGCUCAGCUACCACCACGCUCCCAGCGGAACCGUGCUGCUACGUUCCAGCCAGCCCCUGACUGGUCCCCAGAAAAGGCGCUGCGCUGAGGACGAGGAGCUGCUGCGAGCCGUGCUGGCGGGAGCUCGCCCUGGAGCCCCGGGCUUCAUCCUGGACACGCGCUCCGCUCAGGCCGCCAAACAGGCCGGUGUGACUGGGGGUGGCACCGAGGCCAAAGCCGCCUAUCCUGGCUGGAAACGGCUGCACCGGCCCCUGGAGAAGGGACGGCCCCUACAGGAGAGUUUCGUGCGGCUGGUGGAAGCCUGUGGGGACCUGGAGAAGAGCAUGGACGGCUGGCUCAGUCAACUAGAGGCCUGCCGCUGGCUGGCACAUGUGAAAGAGGCCCUGAGCACCGCCUGCCUAGCAGCCUGGGGCAUGGAGAGGGAAGAGGCCUGCAUCCUGGUGCACGGGGCUGAAGGCAUGGACAACACCCUGCUGGUGACUUCGCUGGCCCAGAUCAUCCUGGACCCCUUGAGCCGGACCAUGACUGGAUUCCAGGAGCUGGUGGAACGCGAGUGGAUCCAGGCCGGCCACCCCUUCCAGCUGCGCUGUGCCCACUCGGCCUUCUCCCAUGCCCGCCCCAAGCACGAGGCACCCACCUUCCUCCUCUUCCUGGACUGCGUGUGGCAGCUGGGCCGCCAGUUCCCGCUGUCGCUGGAGUUUGGGGAGGGGCUGUUGUUGGCCCUGUUUGAGCACGCCUAUGCCUCCCCUUUUGGCACCUUCCUCUGCAGCAGCGAAAAGGAGAGAUGCCUGUGUGAAGUGAGGACUCGAACCCACUCCUUGUGGUCUGGGCUCAACCAGCCAAAAGUGCGACGGAAACUCCGGAACCCACUCUACGUCCCCAAUCCCUUGGCCAUCUGGCCCUCUGUGGAGCCCCAGAGCCUGCAACUUUGGCAAGGCCUGUUUCUGCGCUGGAUCCGCCCGCCUGAACCUUCCCAGGUGGCUUGGGAGAAGGUGUGGCAAAGACUGGCAUCUAAGGAGAAGACAGAGGAUUGUGAGUCAACCUCUAAGCCCCAAUCUUAAUUGGUGACUCCUGGGAUAGUGGCUGAGAUAUUCAAGACCUCUCCAGGUCCCUCAGCACCUCUGGACCUUGGAUGAAGGCACCUGCUACCCAGCCUAGUCCAAAACAUACCGAGACUCCAGGUUUCAAGUGUCUGUAGUGUAGGGAGGUCUAACUAAUAAAGAUGUCCGUGAAUGG